GUGCACAGUCGUUAGCGGUGAUCUUUCUGGUGAACAACAAAGAGCAGCAAAGAAAAAAGAGAACUCAAACAUGGACAUCGAUGAGGAUCUGACGCCCGAGCAAAUUGCUGUGCUCCAAAAGGCAUUCAACAGUUUUGAUCACCAAAAGACUGGCAGCAUACCCACCGAAAUGGUGGCCGAUAUUCUCCGUCUCAUGGGUCAGCCCUUCGACAAGAAGAUUCUUGAGGAGCUGAUCGAUGAGGUCGAUGAGGACAAAUCGGGCCGCUUGGAGUUCGAGGAGUUUGUGCAACUGGCUGCCAAAUUCAUUGUGGAGGAGGAUGAUGAGGCCAUGCAGAAGGAGCUGCGUGAGGCGUUCCGCUUGUAUGAUAAGCAAGGCAAUGGCUACAUUCCCACUUCUUGCCUGCGCGAGAUUCUGCGCGAAUUGGACGACCUGCUGACCAACGAGGAACUCGACAUUAUGAUUGAGGAAAUCGAUUCCGAUGGCUCCGGCACCGUGGACUUUGAUGAAUUCAUGGAAAUGAUGACGGGCGAGUAAGCAGCACAGCUUUGAAGUUAACCACCACCAUACACAUAUAUUUCUACAAAAUGAACACAAGUCUUUAAUAAAUAAAGUAAGAAUAAAACAAUACUCUGUAAACGGGUGUGGCAUUUCUCCUUUUUAAUUAGUAAAAAAGAAGAAAAUUCAUUAAAUCAAA